AUGGAGGACGAAGCGCUCAACAAGGACGAGAAGCAGCAGCGCAAGGACUCGCUGAAAAGCGCGAAGGAUGAAGCGAACGGAGCAGGCGGUGAUGGUGGCGACAUCGUGCUCAAGCCCAAAAUGACACUCGUCAACGGUAUCACUGUGAUCGUCGGUUCGAUUAUCGGAUCCGGCAUUUUCGUCUCGCCGACCGGUGUCCUCAUCAACACCGGCAGCGUCAACAUGUCGCUGAUCGUGUGGAUCAUUUCGGGCCUGUUUUCGAUGGUCGGUGCGUACUGUUACGCCGAGCUCGGCACGAUGAUCAAAAAGUCCGGUGCCGAUUAUGCGUACAUCAUGGAAACGUUCGGUCCAUUCCUGGCCUUCAUCCGGCUCUGGAUCGAAUGUAUGAUAGUGCGGCCCUGUUCGCAAGCCAUCGUCGCGCUCACGUUCAGCGUGUACGUACUGAAACCAUUCUUCCCCGAAUGCCAACCGCCAGAAGAUGCGGCCCGUCUCCUUGCCGUCUGCUGUAUCCUGGUGCUGACGUUCAUCAACUGCUGGGACGUAAAAUGGGCCACGGCCGUGCAGGAUAUCUUCACCUACGCCAAGCUGCUCGCCCUGUUCAUCAUCAUCGGUGCCGGUGCCUACUAUCUGUUCCGCGGCAACACGGAAUACUUCACGUUCGAUAACACCAAAACGGAGGUAACAUCGCUCGCAUUGUCCUUCUACUCGGGUUUGUUUGCCUACAACGGUUGGAACUAUUUGAACUUCAUCAUCGAGGAGUUGAAGGACCCGGUAAAGAAUUUGCCCCGUGCCAUCGCAAUUUCCUGCACGCUGGUGACGGUUGUGUACGUGUUUACCAACGUGUCCUUCUACACCAUCCUGUCGCCGGAAGAGGUGCUCGGUUCGGAAGCGGUAGCAGUCACAUUUGCCGAUCGGGUGUUUGGCAUGUUUGCGUGGACGAUACCGGUGUUUGUCGCGCUGUCAACGUUUGGCGCAGUGAAUGGCAUUUUGCUUACCUCAUCCCGGCUGUUCUAUGCCGGUGCGUGCGAAGGUCAGAUGCCGGAAAUUCUUACCAUGAUCCAAAUACAGCGCCUCACACCGACGCCCGCCGUACUGAUAAUGGCCCUCCUGUCCAUGCUCUAUCUGACGGUGUCGGACAUAUUCGCACUAAUUAACUACGUCGGGUUUGCCACUUGGCUAAGUAUCGGUGCCGCUGUGCUGUGUCUGCCGUGGCUUCGGUGGAAGCAGCCGAAACUGAACCGUCCGAUCAAGGUGAAUCUCAUCUUCCCCAUCCUGUAUCUCAUCGCUACCGUGUUCGUCACCGUCGUCCCAAUGAUUGCCAGCCCGGUGGAGACGGGCUACGGAUGUCUUAUGAUUCUUUCCAGCAUUCCUGUCUACUGCAUAUUUAUCGCGUGGCGAAACAAACCGAAAUGGUUCAACCGUACGAUGGUGGGUUUAACGCGGUUCCUGCAGAAAAUGCUCAUGGUCGUAGGAAAGACCAAACCAGCUCAGGUUUAA